GCGUUGGCAGCCGGCAGUCAUGGCGGCCUUCUCAGAAAUGGGGGUGAUGCCCGAGAUUGCCCAGGCUGUGGAGGAAAUGGAUUGGCUUCUUCCUACAGAUAUCCAAGCAGAGUCCAUACCCCUGAUCCUCGGUGGUGGGGAUGUGCUGAUGGCUGCAGAAACUGGAAGUGGAAAGACUGGGGCUUUCAGCAUCCCUGUCAUCCAGAUUGUUUAUGAAACACUUAAAGAUCAACAAGAGGGCAAGAAAGGAAAAGCAUCCGUUAAGACUGGAAGUACAGUACUAAAUAAAUGGCAGAUGAAUCCAUAUGACAGAGGUUCAGCUUUUGCGAUUGGCUCAGAUGGCCUUUGCUGCCAAAGCAGAGAAAUAAAGGAGUGGCAUGGCUGCAGGUCCACUCGAGGAGUAAAUAAAGGAAAAUACUAUUAUGAAGUAUCCUGUCAUGACCAGGGUUUAUGCAGAGUUGGAUGGUCUACCCUGUCAGCCUCCUUAGAUCUUGGAACUGAUAAGUUUGGUUUUGGCUUUGGUGGAACCGGGAAAAAGUCGCACAACAAGCAAUUUGACAAUUAUGGAGAGGAGUUUACAAUGCACGACACCAUUGGCUGUUACUUAGACAUUGAUAACAGCAUAGUAAAGUUUUCCAAAAAUGGUAAGGACCUUGGCCUUGCAUUUCAGAUCCCUUCUCACAUGAAGAACCAAGCUUUCUUUACAUCAUGUGUUCUAAAGAAUGCUGAACUUAAAUUCAAUUUUGGAGAGGAAGACUUCAAAUUUCCCCCAAAGGAUGGAUUUGUGGCACUCUCAAAGGCUCCAGAUGGACAUGUGGUGAAAUCACAGAACACUGGAAGCGCGCAAGUGUCUCAAACAAAGAGUUUACCGAAUGCCCCCAAAGCACUUAUCAUCGAGCCCUCCCGUGAGCUGGCAGAGCAGACUCUAAACAACGUCAAGCAAUUUAAAAAAUAUGUUGACAACCCUAAACUGAGAGAAUUGUUGAUUAUCGGUGGUGUUGCAGCAAAGGAACAGUUAACCAUUCUCGAAAAUGGUGUGGAUAUAGUGGUGGGGACCCCUGGUAGGAUAGAUGAUCUUAUAUCUACAGGGAAACUCAGCCUGUCUCAAGUCCGUUUCCUGGUACUUGAUGAAGCUGAUGGUUUACUUUCACAAGGAUAUUCCGACUUCAUCAACAGAAUUUAUGGGCAGAUCCCUCAGAUCACUUCAGAUGGGAAAAGGUUACAGGUGAUUGUGUGCUCCGCCACGCUGCAUUCCUUUGAUGUAAAGAAGCUUUCUGAAAAAAUCAUGCAUUUCCCAACAUGGGUGGACCUUAAAGGAGAGGAUUCUGUGCCAGAAACUGUGCAUCAUGUUGUUGUGCCGGUGAAUCCCAAGAAAGACAAACAGUGGGAAAAACUUGCCAAAAAUCACAUUAGGACUGAUGGCGUGCAUGAUAAAGAUAACACAAGGCCUGGUGGAAAUUCCGCAGAGGUGUGGUCAGAAGCUAUUAAAGUAUUAAAAGGAGAAUACAUUGUGCGUGCCAUCAAGGAGCAUAAAAUGGACCAAGCAAUUAUAUUCUGCAGAACCAAAUUAGACUGUGAUAACAUGGAGCAGUAUUUCAUCCAACAAGGAGGAGGACCUGAUAAGAAAGGACAUCAGUUUUCAUGUGUGUGUCUUCAUAGUGACCGGAAGCCACCAGAAAGGAAACACAACCUGGAAAGAUUUAAGAAAUGUGAAGUUCGGUUCUUGAUCUGCACUGAUGUUGCUGCCAGAGGUAUUGAUAUUCGUGGAGUCCCAUAUGUUAUUAAUGUUACCCUCCCUGAUGAGAAGCAGAACUACGUCCAUCGCAUUGGUAGAGUGGGCCGAGCUGAAAGAAUGGGUUUGGCCAUAUCUCUGGUGGCAUCCGAAAAGGAGAAGGUUUGGUACCAUGUGUGCAGCAGCCGUGGGAAGGGAUGUUAUAACACCAGACUGAAGGAAGAUGGGGGCUGUACUAUAUGGUACAAUGAGAUGCAGUUACUGUCUGAGAUUGAAGAGCAUCUGACUUGCACUAUAUCCCAAGUAGAACCUGAUAUAAAAGUGCCCUUGGAUGAUUUCGAUGGAAAGGUGGUGUAUGGGCAGAGAAGGGCUACCGGAGGUGGACUCUAUAAGGGUCAUGUAGAUAUUUUGGCCCCAACUGUGCAAGAGUUGGCAUCUCUAGAAAAAGAGGCUCAGACGUCCUUCCUGCACCUGGGAUACCUUUCUAAUCAGCUUUUCCGAAGCUUCUAAAAAUAGCUGUCCUGUAAUAUGUAGAUGUAAGAAUGCUCAGCAUCUCUAAACAAAUGGUUUUCCUUCUACUAUUGUGGCCUAGUUAUGAAAGGGCGGAAAGACAAUUCAGCCUGUGGCUCACACAGUGGUUCCUAUGGUAAACGGUGACAGAUUUUGGGGGUUAUUACCACACUGGGCUACAGUAUAAGUAGCAGAACCCCCAAAUGUUUGGUAAUCUUUUCCUUAAGUAAAAUGCACUGGGUAAGAUGGUUGUAGUUCAAACUCUUACCGGGGCUCACUUAUCAACAUUGGGCAAAUUUGCCCAUGGGCAGUUACCUAUAGCAACCAAUCAGUGAUUAGCUUUUUAAAGCCACCUGCAAGUAGAACAAUGAAUGCAACAAUCUGAUUGGUUGCCAUGGGUUAUUGCCCAUGGGCAAAUUUUCCCAGUGUUGAUAAAUGACUUGCACUGUUGUUUGUGCAAUGUCUGUACUUUGCUAUGUGAAGCAGCAGCAGGUGAUUUUGGGUGUUAUCUUCUAUCCCUGCUAGAGCAAGCCAUGCUUCUGCUAAUUCUUUCAAACCACUCACAGCACUGAUUUUGGAGUAUUUUCUGCAAAUUUAAUUGACUUGUCUUUCUGUCCUUUUGAUAAAUUCCCCGCAGUGUUAUGCCGUGACACUAAACACAUGGUCAUUUGGAAAGAAAUUAAAUAUUGGUUAUGUUUUAGAAAAAUAAAUAGCACUUUUCCAAGUCAAUAUUUGUGAUAAAUGGCAAAAUAAAAAGUAUUCAAGGGUG